AGAAGGCCGGAGCCACAGCUGUAACAAAACAAAUUCGAGAGGAGAAAGAAACCAACUCACAAACCACCAACCACACUAUUGUCUAUCGAAACCCUGACUCACAGAAACAGAUUUUGCAGAUUAUGGUGAAGAAACGAGUUCCCGAUUGGCUCAAUAGCCCCAUGUGGUCUUCUCCGACAUCUCCACCGCCCAAAUCACGAUCUCAAUCACCUCCACCUCCUUCGUCUUCCAAUGGCGAUCGUAUUGGUAGUUACCUUCCCAAAUCAUCCUCCAUCGCUUCAUACGAUUAUUCUCUGAACGAACCGCAUGUGACGUUGCCGCCUCCUGCUUCAAUUAGACCUGUCCCGACUCCGAGGACGGAAAUUAGGGAUUCAUCGACCCGUAGCAGCAGUAGUGAUAAUGACAUUACUUCUUCCAUUGAUGAUGUUUCACGCCAGGCCGAGUUAUUACAAGAGCUCUCGAGGAAGAUCGUAAACAUCGGAGAACUACGACGACUCGCCUCGCUGGGUAUUCCGGAUGCUGCUGGCAUCCGUUCCUCUGUAUGGAAGUUAUUGUUGGCAUAUCUUCCGAGUGAUAAGGGGAUUUGGUUAUCAGAAUUGACUAAGAAGAGGUCUCAGUACAAGCAUUUUAAGGAGGACCUUUUGAUGAAUCCGGCUUUUAAAGCUGCAUGUGUUUGCACCAAUUCCUGGAUUCUAAAUGUUUCCGUGGCUAGUCAGUCAGAAAUCACAAGGAAAUUGGAAGACUCCGCAUAUCCUAAAAAUGGUGAUCAGAUAAGUGAGGGCAAGGGUUUGCUGGCAAGGUCAAAAAUACCUCAUGGGGAGCAUCCUUUGAGCCUAGGAAAGACUAGCAUUUGGAACCGAUUCUUUCAGGACUCUGAGAUCAUUGAGCAGAUAGACCGUGAUGUGAAACGCACUCAUCCAGACAUGCACUUUUUCUCUGGCAACUCUGCUUCUGCAAAAGCCAAUCAGGAGUCUCUGAAAAAUAUACUGAUCAUAUAUGCAAAGCUGAACCCGGGGAUAAGAUAUGUGCAAGGGAUGAAUGAAAUUUUGGCCCCCUUGUUCUAUGUGUUGAAAAAUGACCCCAAUGAGGAUUAUGCGGUUAAUGCAGAAGCAGAUACAUUCUUUUGCUUCGUUGAGUUAUUAAGUGGUUUUCAAGAUAAUUUUUGUCAGCAACUUGAUAAUAGUAUUGUCGGCAUCCGUUCAACCAUUUCAAAGCUGUCGCAGCUCUUGAAGAAACAUGAUGAAGAACUAUGGCGACAUCUUGAGGUCACUACAAAAGUCAACCCACAGUUCUAUGCGUUUAGAUGGAUUACACUCUUAUUGACUCAGGAAUUUAACUUUGCCGACAGUCUUCACAUAUGGGAUGCACUCUUAAGCGACCCUGAGGGUCCUCAAGGCACUCUGCUUCGUGUCUGCUGUGCAAUGCUGAUUCUCGUUAGGAGGCGUUUGCUGGCAGGCGAUUUCACAGCUAAUCUCAAGUUACUUCAAAGUUACCCAUCCACAAAUGUUAGUCAUUUGCUCUAUGUUGCCAACAAGCUGAGUUCCCAUUCAACUCAUUGAUUUUGUAGGGUUCUUUUCUCUUUUGUAUCAUUAGAGUUAUAAUCGUUCUCUUUAGAAUUCCUUAUUCUUGUUAGUGGUUUUUAUGAUCCGCAACAUGUAAAAUGUCAGUCAAUAUAGUAUAGCAUGCAGGGAUAGUUUUUUCUUUACAUGUUCAUCUAAAUCCAACUUGAGCAUCUGUAAACUAUAAUACAUUUUAAUCUGUUGUUAUGUUUAGAUAUCUCAAUGGAAGUAGCAAAUA